GUUAUUCCGCAUCAGUGAUGUUAUGAGCAUGCGCAUAGCACAGACUGCCCAAGUACGAAGGUCACUGAGCGGGAAAAAAGCGAUGCCACCCAAACGCAAAGCCGCCAGCAAGAAGGUGGAAGCCACAGACUCUGAGGACGAGCCGAAGAGCAAGAGAGUAUGCGCGGCUCCAAGACCCAGGGCCAAGAAGAGUCGGGCGUACAAGAUGCCGCCACCCCUGCCCUCUGGGCAGGUCCUGACCGACGUGACUGGCAAACACAGCUGGACCCUGGGGCGGUCGGUGGGGAAGGGCGGGUUCGGAGAGAUCUACCGAGCCUCUCCCAGCGGCAGUAGAAAGAGCCUGCAGCACGUCAUCAAAAUAGAGCCACUUGAGAACGGUCCGCUGUUCACAGAGAUAGCGUUCUACUGCAGAGUGGCCAAGGAGGACAUGAUCUCCAGCUGGGUGUCGUCACACAAACUGGCCUACCUGCCCAUCCCGCAGUACAUGGCCCAGGGCCGGCACUGCCACGCUGGCCUGGACUACAGGUUCCUGGUCAUGGACUGCUUCGGAGACGAUGUGGAGAAGAAGUUCAACCAGUGUGGCCGCAGGUUUGGCAGCAAGACCGUCUGUCAUCUGGCCAUCAGGAUUCUGGAAGCUCUGGAGUACCUGCACACGUCAGAGUAUGCUCAUGGAGAUAUCAAAGGUUCAAACCUUCCCACCGGCCUCCACCCAUCCAAACAACACCAGGUGUACCUGGUAGACUACGGGCUGGCCUAUCGCUACAGACCAGAUGGACAACACAAGGAGUACAAGGAGGAUCCCCGCAGCCAGCACGACAGGACUCUUGCAUUUACCAGCAUCGAUGCCCACAAGGGAGUCAGUCCAUCGGCGAGAGGAGAUCUUGAGAUCCUGGCCUACUGCCUCCUCCAGUGGUGGUCUGGCUGCCUGCCCUGGGACAGCCUCGUGGAAAAGGAGGACAAGGACAGUGUGGCACGGAUGAAGAUCAGGUUUUCUUUGUUCUUUGUAAAGAGUAUCUUCCAGUUUCAAGUACUCCAUGGUUGCCUGGAUCUCUGUAGGUACAAGACAGAUGUGGGUGGUAUCAUGAAGGCAUGUUUCAAGUCCAGCAGUCCUCCAGACAGCCUCCGUGACUUCCUGACCUACGUCCAUGGUCUGGACUACACGACAACUCCAGACUACAGCAAAUGCAUGCAGAUGUUUGUCAGGGAACUCAGUUGUCUGGGUCUACGAGACGACGGGAAGGACCUGGACUGGACUGCCGCCACCUCAAAAAGUAAGACUGCUGUGGUGGCAGAAGAGUGUGAUGAUGAUGAUGAAGGUGUCAGUUCACCACCGCCCAAAAAGAAACGAGGGACAAAACGUGGCGAGAAGACUGCCACGGCUGCUGGCAAGCCGGAGAAGAAAGCUCCAGUCAAGAGAGGAAAAAAGGGAGCCUCACCAGAGCCUGCUGCAGCAGUGGCGUCUGAAGAUGAUGAUGACGGUCCAGCUGAGGAGGAGCCUGAGACCUCCAGGAAGAGAGGUCCCACGGGGAAGGGGAGGAAGAGAAAGUCUCCACGGUCCAGGCAACAACAGGUUGCAGCCGCUGUCUCGAUACGGCCAGCCCGACAGGCGUCUGGCGUCAUCCCUCAAGCCUCAUACCCUGCAGCUCUGGGCUAUGUGGGCAACGGAGAGCCGGAGGACCUGGAGCCCAGCACCAAGAGACCCAGACAGCAGAGGUCUCGAGCUGCCACUGCGAAAAAGUCUCCUCUCAAACCAAAGACUGCAACUAGAGCAAAAAAGAAGGCACUUUCUCGUGAGGACAGAACUUGAUUUGCAAUGUACUAGCUAUGUAUAUAUUUGACUACGCACAUUAACGUUGUAUAUAUGCACAUUAACAUUGUACUCUGUGAAUUAUUGUCAAACACGAGUCAAUAAGCAGAGGUGGCCAUGACGUGACGUGUGCAAUGGUGUAGUUUAUUGUUUGUGUGUGCUAAGUUCUCGCUGUGGAAUUCUAAUAUAAGUACCUACAUUACUGUGUACACAUGUGUAUGUGUGUGUAUUAACAGUGUUCAAGUAUAUUAUAUACUACGUGACUGUGUAUAGCUAACGUCAUGUUCUUUAUAUGG